AUGGAGCAAGCUCCCCCCAUCGUCAAUCGUGCCGACAAGGAAUACCCCAAAGGCUUGAAGCUGUUCCUCCUUACCAUUGCCAUUUGCUUGACCAUCUUUCUAAUCUCUCUCGACUUCUCCAUCAUUGCUACUGCAAUCCCUGCCAUUACUAGCGAAUUCCAUAGCCUCAACGAUGUAGGCUGGUAUGGAAGUUCCUACCUCCUGACCACGGCGUCCUCGCAGCUGCUUAUUGGAAAAUUCUACACCAUCUUCAACAUCAAAUAUGUUUUUCUGAUUGCUCUUCUCGUGUUUGGCAUUGGCAGUGCCAUCUGCGGUGCCGCACCAAACUCCAUUGGCCUCAUCUUGGGUCGUGCCAUUGCGGGAUGCGGUAACGCAGGCCUUCUCUCCGGGGCACUGCUCAUCAUGGCCCAUAGCGUGCCCCUGGCGCGCCGACCUCUAUUCACCGCCAUCACUGGUGGUGUGUAUGGAGUCGCCGCCAUCGCUGGCCCGCCGUUGGGUGGUGUUUUUACUGACAAAAUUUCGUGGCGUUGGUGCUUUUAUAUCAACCUCCCCAUUGGAGCCGUUGUUCUCCUCGUCGUCGCCGUUUUCUUCCCUACGCCCGAGGUGCCGCAACGACCGAAACCAACAUCGUUUUGGGCCCGCAUCAAACGCUUCGACCCGAUUGGCACAGUCGUCUUCAUGCCAGCCAUUGUCUGUAUCCUCCUCGCCCUCCAGUGGGGAGGCACAACCUAUGCUUGGAAGGAUGGCAGAAUCAUUGCCCUGUUUGUGCUUUUCGGUCUUCUCAUUCUGGCCUUUCUCGCCGUGCAGCGUUGGGCACAAGACGACGCCACAGUGCCUCCGCGCGUCUUCAAACUGCGCACCAUCUGGUCAUGCGCGCUGUACCAGUUUUGCCUGGGUGCGAGCUUCUUCAUCUUCAUCUACUACCUCCCAAUAUGGUUUCAGGCCGUCCAGGGCGUGAGCGCCAUCGAGUCUGGCAAGCGGACACUGCCUAUGCUCAUCGGGAACAUGGUCGGAACUACGCUCGCCGGCGUGGCCGUGACCAUCAUCGGCUAUUACGCGCCGUUCAUGAUUGCGGCUACCGUAUUGACGUCAAUUGGUGGCGGGCUUCUGACACUGCUCAAUCCGUCCGCGUCAUCGGCUGUCUGGAUCGGGUUUCAGGUGCUCGUCGGCUUUGGCAUCGGCGUCGGGUGGCAACAGCCCAUUGUGGCAGUGCAGGCGGCCGUCGACAUGGAGGACGUGCCCAUCACCACGGCCAUCCUAUCCUUUACGCAGACUAUCGGCGGGUCGCUGUUCGUCAGCGUCGCGCAGACGGCCUUUUCGAACAAGUUGGUGCACGACAUCCACGCAACGCUGCCCGACUUGGACCCUGGUACAAUUCUGGACAACGGAGCCGCAGAUUUGGCAAGUCAUGUUCCAAGCAAGUAUCUGACGCAGGUUCUGCAGGCAUAUUCGAACGGACUUGUGCAGACUUUUAUCGUGGCGACAGUCAUGGCCGCGUUGUCGAUUGUGGGCGCGUGCUUCGUGGAGUGGAGGUCAAUCAAGAGCAGCAAACAAGGCGGGGAAGAGGUGGGAAUUAAGGCAGGCUAA